AAAUUCUAUAAAUGUGUAUAAAUGUGUCUGAACUACAUUUCCCAAGAUUCCCUAUCGUGAUGGUCGUAUAUAGAUCUACGUCAUAUUACACUGACGCAGCUGAACUAUUCAUUUAGUGGCAUUUCAUCUUGUAGCUCGGUUUGAUUUAAUGUAUUAAUUACAUUACAGUCAUUUAGCAGACGCUUUUAUCCUCGCUUGCCUGCAGUUUGGUUUAUUAAUGGCGUGUCCAGUCAAUCACACAGCGGAGUUGAACCCAGCCAUCCUCCAUCUAGACUGGCUGCUGGGUACCUGGGAGUCAGAUGAACCUGGAGAGGGCUGUUUUCCUACCAUUAAACCUUUCCGCUACACAGAGACACUGACCUUCAGCCACGUGGGACAACCAGUCAUCAACUUCAUGUUCAAUGCCUUCCAUGCAGAGACCAAGAAGCCUCUUCACAGGGAGUGUGGCUUCAUCCGGAUGCAGCCAGGAUCCAACAGAGUGGCGUUCAUCAUCGCACAGAACUCAGGUCUGGUGGAGAUUGAGGAGGGAGAGCUGACACAGCAGCAGCUGAACCUGCAGAGCCAGGCGAUGGCAAGAAUCUCUUUUGCCAGAGAGCCGCAUGUACAAAAGAUUUCUAGAGUGAUUCAGCUCCGACCAGAUGGGAGGCUGGAGCAGACAGUUUCCAUGGCAACAGACAACCAACCACUGAUGCAGCACUUGCACAUCACCUACCGUCGGCAGGCUUCUUUUACUUGA